GCAGCCGAAACAUACCUGAAUAUGACACUUUGUAAUAAAAAAUAGACAAGAGAUAAGAGCAAAGUACGUCACUGCACAAGCACGUAUAUAUAUUGAUCUUAUUACAUGGUUAUCUUCAUACAAAGACAUUGGAAUUAAGAGUGUGAUUUGGUUAUUGAGUUUGUUAUCAUAAAAAAAAGCAAUUAAGCAAAAAUGGGCUCUCUUAUGGCAGGAUGGGACUCUCACACACCUGAUCCUAAAUCAGAAUCACUUGAAAGGAAUCGGUCACUCACCAAAGAAGAAAUUGAUGCUUUCUGGAGAUCAAAGAAGGAGACCGAGGAUGAACACCUUACAGCUAUUUCCAAUUUAUCAAGGACUAUUCAGCCCGGCAAAUACGAGGAUACCGUGCCCUUGGCCCGCCGCAUGAAGAAAUCAUUUGGCAUGGAUGUUGACAAAAAUAUGGAGCAGCUUAAAAAUAUGAAGAAAAAUGGCUGGUGGACCAAGAGCAACUGGGCGUUUCUUAAUGAACCUCCAGUGAUGGAAGCUCCUACCAGCAAGUAUGCAUCGCAGUAUCACGUAGCCAACUUGGGAUCAUCAAAAUUAAACACAGGACAUGGAAUUAGUGCUUGAUCUGAAUGAUCUAUCUAAAUCUAAUUCCACCCUUUACAUAAAUGUAACAUAUCCAUGAAUGUAAUUUCUUUUUUGUUUUGUUUUCAGGUGACCCGAAUGUAAUUGUUGGUUGGUAUAUGGGCGCUAAUUUUAUUUUGCCACUUAUAAUUCUGCAUUGAAUAAUGUUAAUUUAUCCAUAAGGUUUUGGUAUUUAUUUUUCUAUAUUUACUCAACACAUAUAAGGGAAAUGUCUGUACCAAAAAAAUAAUAAUAAGGAGAACGGAUUCUAA